UUAGUUAUUUAUUGUUCUCCUACAUCAAUCAAGCUUUUCUAUGCUAUUGUCACCACAUCUCUGGGUUCUGGUGUCUUUAGCACUCAUGGCUUUAAGGCUGAAAUAGUAUCAGGUGCUUGUUUUGAUCAGAGCAUCUAUCUACAGAUCAGAGCAUUCUAUACAUUAAGACCAAAUCAAAGAAUGGCUUUAAGUAAUAAACUAUAACUAGCCCUGAGAACACACACUGAUCAGGACACACACACCCACACAUACACACAUGUUUAUUAACAUGUUCCAGGUGAAAAUAUAAAACAUAAAUGUGUGUCAUGGAAUAAUGUUUGUGUGUGUGAUUUCAUAUCAGAGUCAAAUACAUUUUAUUAUUGUAUUUUUAUCAUCAGGGAUUUCUGAUAAUCUGUCAGGUCUAGUCAAGAUCUAGUAAAUAACUAAAUAACUAAAUAAAUAAGUUACUGCAGCAAAGUUAUCUACUCUGAAUAAAAUGCCAUUGCCUUGUGAAAGGGGAUUUAUUUCAACAUGAAAUUCUUAUUCAUGAUAUAGUAACAUUUAUAUACUUCUAUUUAUUUACAUGUAGGCAUUAAUGUAUUUAUAUUCUACAUGUUAAUAGCAGACAUUUCCACUUUUAAACUCUCACUUUCUCAUGUGAUACACAUCAUAUUCUUCAGAUGAAGAUAAAGCACUAGAUAAUAAUGUAGUGUAAAUUAGAUCAUCACCACCGAGCCAAACUUAAUAACUGCUUUAUUCGUGCAGAGAUGUUGACAUUACGACUGGGUCGUGAUGUCAGGGGCAGCGCAGCUAUAAAAGCCAUUCGGAUGACGUCAUCAGGAACUGUCAGUCAGGUGGUUGCUAUGGAAACUGAUGAGCGCAUGGUGCAAACAGAGCUUCUCUCUCACACACACAUAUACAAGCACAUGCAGUCACACACCGAGCUCCAUCAGUGUGCACUCCAGUAUGCAGUAAUUUCAUCAGUUUAAGUUAUUGACAUCUGAGGAAAACACCAUCUCUAAAGAAUCAUUUCAUGUUUUCUGGACACGGGUUCCUUACGGAUGCUGGAGGAACCUUAAUUACCCCGUAAAUGAUGACGACUGAAGAAAGCAACACUGCAGAGUUUCAGGAGAAAACAGGCUUGAAGAGGAAACUAACAGGACCACCUCGACUUCUGUUGGGCAAAUCCAGAUCUCCAGGUCAAGAUGAGAAGAAAUCCAGGAAGCAUAGACGACACGAUGGUGGGGAAACGCUAGUGGACACGGGGAAAGAUGAACAAAGUGCUGAAUCACAAGUGUCAUCAAGUCCUGAACAUCCUGAAACAGUCCUAACUACUGAAAUUGAUGGAGGAACUUGCAUGGAUCUCCAAGAAGGCUGUUUGGAAACAAAUUUGGAACAAAAUAUGAAGAAAAGGCGAAGAAGAAGCAAAGCUGGAGCAGCCAUUAGACAGAUUUUCUCUUGCAUUCGUAGGAGAAAGGAGUUGGGAAUGAAAGCUGUGGAGGACACUGAGGAUAACAUGUAUCACGGAGCGCACAACAACAUCCAAGACAAGGAACUUCGCACCCAUUCGGGUGAUUCCUUGAAAACAAAGAAGCAAGUUAAAAUGGCUAGCUCAAGGAAAUUCAAGGUGCGAACGUGGUGCAUCUUCAAAAAAUGUACAUCGACAAUCAAGCAGGAAGGUGAUGAACAUGGACAAGAACAAUGUAAUGAUACCUUCACUGAAAUAUCAUCAGAAACAGGUGUUGGUCAGCAGAUAUCUGCUACUGCUGCAGAACCACCAGUUGUGGAUGAUCAGCAGAAUGAAUCAAGCAGGAUUGUUGAGGACGUGACCAGAAUCUCUGAGGAAAAUGGUUUGGAAUCUCCAGAUCCCAAUGAGGUGAUGGAAAUGAUUUCCUUGAAUGUAGAUGUGAACACUGACUCCGAUGCUGUGUUCGUUCAUCACCAACAUCCACCUGAAUCUCAAUUCUCAUGCCUCCUAGACGAAGAGUUUCAGAUUAGCGAGGCUUCGCUAUCAGAGCUCAUCGGGUCUGGUUCAGAUCUGGAAGAUCCCAGGACAUCUCCAGAAGAUCCAGUAACUGAUGACAUGCUAGUAGAUGUUCCAGUUUUCAAAUGCAAACCCAUCAUUACGAUAGAAGACGUUCACUCGUCGGAUGAAGAGAACGGCGAAUUUUUCGAAAACGUGGUUCAGCGAUACAGCACACUAUCGCCGCUCGUCCUGCUUAAUGGCUCCUGUUCCACAUUAAAGACUCCGGAGAGACACUUUUCUGAGAUCCUGCUCACUCAGAAGGCUUUGUCUUUGGUCCAAGCAGCUAUCAGUGGCGCCGUAGAACAGCUUUCAUCCGAGCUGCAGAACCAUCAGGUGGAUCAGGAUCGUAUCUAACAUCUAAUAUCUCACACACAAACUAAUUCUCAAACAUUCCAGCCGUUUUCCGAGCUGAUCACACUGGGGCACGACUUCAGAUCCUUGGAUGAACAUCAGUGUGCUUUAUUUUCUGCUUGUUAAGACGGUUUUGUGCUCAGAGUAACUGAUUUGUAUCAUGUUUUAACCUGUAGGAGUUUUCAGUGUUACCCCGAUAUAAUAAAGAUGAUUAGAGAUCAGAAAUUGGAUCUGCGUUGGCAAAAUUAAAGAGAAAUAUCUCAGAAAAAGAAAGUAAGUGGUUGUAUUUCGUUACUUCUCCCACAGUCGUACGGUAUUUUUAGCCCAAAUGUGACAUUAUCUCUCAUACGACUUGAGACGUAAGCCUCGUUUCUAUAGCAAUGCAGAACCCACGUGUUGCAGUAUCCAGAUACACAAUAUGUUUUUUUUUUUCAAACAUGAGUUUUUUUCAGCCCCGAGUCUUGUGGAAAUAAAAGGAACAAAAUAGUUAAGUCUCAGUUUGCUUUGUGUUAGAAUGACAAGGAAUCUUUGAACUUGUUGUUUUAAAUAAAUGAAAAUGUGCGGUGACAGCAGGCAGGGAAAGAAGCCAUUUAUCUUCCUGUGGAUUAUCUCUGCAUGGAAAUGGAAACCAUGUAGGCAAAUGCGUUACACUCAGGAGCUCCUGCACAAGGUCGGUCUCAACGGUCGCCCGAAAACGCUUCCCUCUAGUGGUGCAGCAAGAGGAAGAUUUAACCUGAAAAACAAAAAAAUGAACUAACAACAGAACAUUAAAAACAGCUCUGUUUCUGUAGAAAUUUCCUUUUUCAUUUCGUUUACUUUUCUUUUCUUUUUUCUUUUUUUUUUUUUUGGAGAAAGGUCCAAAAACCCCUUAGUGUGUUCUUAUAUUGUAUUUAUUUUCACUGACAUAAAAAGGUCUUUAUCACACACAAAUACACAAAGAUCAUCAAAUCU